AUGUUUAAUCCCGCUAAGUUUUCCGGGGUGGAGAUCGCGCGGCUCCGAGCUGUAUGCGCGUCGCCGCAGGCCCCGGCAGGACAACACCAAGUCCGUAAGGGAACAGACGAUGAAUGGAAGAUUGUCUUGGGUUUAAUCGAGGGCACCAUAGCAUGCCGCAACAUGCCGGCUUUUCUUCCGCACAUCCUCCGAAGUGAGGAAUGCCUCAGACUAGUUUCUACGAUUCAGGCUCAGGUAGAAGGCGAAUUGAUUAUGCAAUUGGGGCGCUCUGGGGGUGUCCGGGUUACCCGACAGAGUACGAAAGCUAUCACCGAGCGGAUCCUGGAAUCGGCGGAGCUGGCGCGAGUAAACUUACCUGCGCUACACAACAUGCUAGGCCAGACGAAGACGAUCAGCUACGAUCAAGUAACGAAGUCGAUUCACUUCUAUUUCUUUACCAGAGAAACUGCCGAGAAGCACAAGGAGGUGCGGGUGCCUUUUUCGGGAGGAGUAUACCGGCUCCUGAAUGCCCACCGAGCAGCGGCCGGCCCGAUAUGGGACCGACAGCGGGGGCUUAAUGGACAACCACAAGGCCGGCGAGUGGAAUACACGAUUCUGCUUCUCAAUGUAACUCGGUUUGUCGACAUAGGCCGGAUUGCAGCUUUUUUGAAGGAGAAGAUUUUGACGGAAUUCGUGAUGGAGGACCUGGACACGCAUACCCCCGAUUCCAGGACAUCGACAAUAUGGAGGGUAACCUUCAAACUAGCGGGCUGUCCGACUUUCCUCGACGGCAUUGUUCGGUUGUUAUGGUUCGGGACGACCAUAAUUGUUAAGCCUCCGAAUGUCGGCAGGCGGCUGCAGUGUCUUCAAUGUGGCAACCUCGGCCACACGCUGGCGCGGUGUACAUUCACCGACCUUCAGUUGCGCGGGCCAGGGGGCGUAGUCGUAAUGGAGGAGGACGUCAAGGGUCUCGAGGAUCUUGCGAGACCAUUUCUCAGCUUCGAGGAAAUUAAAGAGAUGGCAGGGCGGCGCCUAGCGCUCCAAGAAGCAGCGGAGGAGUUAGCUCAAGCAGCGGUUUCGCCACCCGCGCGAGGACAAAUAUCAGGGACGCAAGCCGCUAUUUCACUUCCUGAGGUUACGAGCCCCAGUAGUGCUCCACAAGCGGAACAAGGGGAGAAGUUUGCUCACAUGCAACCAGAUCCGCGUCCAGCAGCACCACAGCCGUGGAUCACCAAGCAGUCCAAAAAGGGACGAUCGAGAGGUUCGUCUAAAGCGGCCACGGGCCAGGUAAAAGCGGUGGCCUCACAGGUGCGGACAGGAGGGCAGGAGCUUAUAGGCGAGGAUGGCGAGGACUGGGCCGAGGAGACAAAAACUAGUUCGGAUGCGUCGGAAGAGAUCAGGGUGCUUCAUUCACGGUCAGCCGGGGCACUUAAUCCAACGGUGGGCUUAUCGGACGGGGCCGGUACGCACUCGCUUCUUACGUCUUCCGAGAAGGCCCGGAAGCAACGGGGGGCUGGACGUGGGUCGGCUCCGAGUACGACGGGUCCAGUGCUGAUGACUCUCAAGCGUAACGAGAGAGGAUCCUUUCGACAAUUGGUCGCGGAUUUGGGUCGGCUGCCCAAGGCUCUGACGACAGUACGAGCACGAGCAACAGACGUCCCGACGGACGUAGCGGAGUUAACGUCCCAACUUGCGAUUUACCCGGUAAUCACACCGGCUACUACUAAUUGUCUUGCCAUGGCUAUUGCCCAAGCGGCAACGGACGCGUCCCUGGACGGUCCAGACAGGCAUCUGGAGCUACUGACAGCUUGCCUUAAACGGGGGAUUAAAUUGUCGGGCUUGCUGGAUCUGGAGGAUCAGUAUGCUCACGAUCAUAGAGUUCAUGCUCUGGCUAGCGUCAGCAGAGGUUGGCCUACGAUGACUCACAAGGAAUCAGCUUCGCAGAUACGAUGGUACCUCGAAGACUAUGCUACCAGCCCGUCCGCCCGAACGGCUCUGGUUGGUUCGGACACAUGGGGGGGCUGCGAUAUGGUCGGCAUGGCGGCCAAUUUUCUACAACAGUCAAUCUAUGUUAUCGAGUUUCUUACUGGCCAGACCCACCCGUGGCGCUGCCGUAAAUUUGUACCCACCACGAUCACCCGCCAUCGGCGGAGGGUCGUGACGGCGGCGGAAUGUCCGCUGGGAAUUAUGGACCUCAUGGAUGCAGUAUUAGCGGCAAAAAUUAAGGCACCCGGGCUCCCUCCUCUCGUAUUGCGCUACCAGAAUUGCCACUAUUCCGCUAUUAAUCACUCUGGGAGUUCCAGUCUGUUGCCCGACUUGGUGGCGGAGACAACAUCACUUGAGCAGACGGCUGCUGGUACGUCGGUGUGUCCGGUUACUCAGGAGGCGACGGCGCCUGUACCCGAGACGUCUGGACAGCUAGCAGGGAUACUAGUCUUACGGGAUGACUUUAUCGACGCGUCAACGGAGGUCCUGAGUAGACAUAGACCGGACGAUUGCAACGCGCGAGCACUGGUGGAGCGGCAGGUUAGCUGUUCUACGAUUCCCUCAGCGCCUCCAGCAAGGAUGCGACCCCCUCCCCCACUGAUCGUAAAAGGGCGCUUGUGGCGUCUCAAAUUUUGCAGAUAUCAGAUGGGACGGACAGGUCGCAGCGCGCCAAGGAAGCGGUAG